AUGCUGGCCCCGGCCGUCGCCGUCGUGGCCUCGGCUGACGGAGUUCCCUUAACUUGCCACCCUGUGUUCUGUCACAGGUUUUGGGAAUUGGGUUUGUUUACAUCCUCUGCAGUUUUCAGCAUUGUUUUUACAAUGUGGACACCAGAACAUUAUGCAGUUUCAAAUAUCCACCCGAUUCAUGCUAUACAUAAAGGGAUGCCCUCUGCUUCUUUAUUUGUUUAUUUGCUUUUAGCAUUACUCAUUCAUUUCACCUCUGGAGAAACAGAAGUGAAGUUCAGUGGACAAACAGAAUUUAUAGUUAAUGAAACAAGCACAACUGUGAUACGUCUUGUAAUUGAAAGGACAGGGAAGCCUGCUAACAUCACAGCCAUUGUGUCGAUUGAUGGAGAAAACACGGGGGACUUUUUUGACACGUAUGCAGCUGCAUUCAUACCCGACACAGAAACAAACCGAACAGUGUAUAUCUCUGUCUGUGAUGAUGAUCUUCCAGAGGCUGAUGAGACAUUCACGUUUUACUUGACACUACCAAAACCAUCUCCAGGGAUAAAGCUUGGCUCCCCCAAGUCUGUCACUGUAACAAUCUUGUCAAAUGACAACGCCUUUGGAAUAAUUUCUUUUAACAUGUCUGCCUUAAUCACAGUGAAUGAACCCAGGGGCAGAAAUGAAUUUGUUCCUCUCAUUCUAAUAAGGGAGAGGGGAACCUACGGGAUGGUCAUCGUGACUUUUGAGAUAGAAGAUGGACCAAACCCAGCUGGAGAAGACUUCAGUCCAGCUAGGGGAAACAUUACAUUUACCCCUGGGAGAUCAGUGCUGAUUUAUAAUUUAACAGUGCUGGAUGAUCAGGUACCUGAAAAUGAUGAACUGUUUGUUGUUUAUCUGAGGAGCGUGGAAGGAGGGGCCGAAAUCAAUGCCACAAGAAACUCUGUUCAGAUUAAUAUUAGGAAAAAUGACAGUCCUGUGCGUUUUGUUCAGAGUGCUUACAUGGUGCCUGAGGAAGUUGGUGUGCUAACAAUUCAGGUGGUUCGUGGUAAGGAUGUCAGCGGAAAAUUAAUUGGCCCUGAUGAAUGUGAAGUCUCUGUCAAUUACGCCAUCAUAACCGGGGAUACAACAGCACAUGCACAGCUUAAUGUAGACUUCCUAGAUCUACAGCCAAAUGCAACUAUUGUUUUCCCACCUCUAGUUCAUGAAACUUACAUAAAAUUUAAGAUACUUGAUGAUGCCAUACCAGAAAUUGCUGAGACCUUUCAGAUUAUUCUUCUUAAGGACACUCUGCAAGGAGAUGCUGUUUUGGUUAAUCCAUCUGUUGUUCAUGUCACCAUCCAACCGAAUGAUAAACCCUACGGAGUACUAUCAAUCAACAGUAUCCUGUUUGCUCAGACUGUUAUCAUUGAUGAAGACCAAAUUUCAAGGUUUGAAGGGAUCACAAUUGUGAGAAAUGGUGGAACACAUGGAAAUGUUUCUGUUACUUGGGUUAUAAUCAGAAAUAGCAGUGAUCCCUCACCUGUGACUGCAGACCUCACUCCAGAGACUGGGGAGAUAUUUUUUGAUCAAGGAGAGAUGCUGGUAACACUUCCUCUGGACAUUAUUGAUGAUGAUGUACCGGAAGAGGCAGAGCCAUAUCUCCUGAAACUCUUGGCUCAUACGAUACAGGGAGGUGCAGAAGUCAGUGAACCGUCAGAGCUUCUGUUUUACAUUCAGGAUAGUGAUGAUGUUUAUGGCCUGAUAAAAUUUCAUCCUUUGGAGAAUCAGAAGAUUGAAAGCAAUCCAACGGGACGCUUUUUAUCCUUGAGUUUUGCAAGGGAGAGAGGAACAGUUGGAGAUGUGCAGUUGGUUUAUACUGCUCUGUAUAUUCCAGCUGGAGCUCUGGAUCCUGCAAGAGCAAAAGAUGGCAUUCUAAAUAUGUCUGGAAGAAACAUUCUCGUGUUUCCAGAAGGAAAAACACAAUAUAUUUUAAAUAUACCAAUAAGAAAUGAUGCAUUUCUUCAAAAUGGUGCUCAUUUCCUUGUACAGCUGGAAAAAGUUGAGCUGGUGAACAGAAUUCCUCUAGUCCCACCUCUGAGUCCUAGAUUAGGUGAGAUUCGAAAUAUUUCUCUGAGGAUAACUCCAGAUAUUGCAAAUGGAGAAAUAGGCUUUACUAGCAACGUUCCAAUUAUUCUUUCUGAGCCAGAAGAUUCCCCUGCUACAGUGGUUUCUAUUGCACUACAUCGAGAUGGGACCGAUGGUCAGGCAACUGUCUUUUGGAGUUUGAAACCUUUAGGUCCCAAUCAAAAGGCAGUAACACAAGAUGAUAUCAGUCCUUUUAAUGGCUCUGUGGUUUUCUUAUCUGGGCAAAGUGAUACUGCAAUCAACAUUACUAUUAAAGCUGAUGAUGUACCUGAAAUGAAUGAAACUCUGCUGUUAACUUUGGACAGGGUAGAGACAGAAAGGUUUGUCGUGUACUUUGGGGUCAGUGUGGAAAAUCAAAUACUGAAGUAUGGGUUUACUACUCGUGAAAUUAUUAUUUUGGAAAAUGAUGAUCCUGGAGGAGUGUUUGAAUUUUCUCCCUCUUCCAGAGGCCCCUACAGUAUCAAGGAGGGGGAGUCUGUUGAACUGACGAUUGUCCGCAGUAGAGGAAGUCUUGUCAGGCAGUUUCUGCUCUACACUGUAGAACCAAGAGACAAUAAUGAGUUUUAUGGAAGCACAGGAGUUCUGGAAUUCAAGCCUGGUGAAAGAGAGAUCAUACUUACUCUUCUGACAAGGAUGGAUGGGAUUCCAGAGCUGGAUGAGAUAUAUUCUGUAGUACUCAGUGGCUACACUGAAAUGCCAGGCAAGCUGGGGAGUGCCACAAGGGUCAAUAUAACCAUUUUAAAGAAUGAUGAUCCACAUGGUGUCAUUCAGUUUCUACCUGAUGAACUAUCAGUGACAAUAAAGGAAAGCAAAGGAGAACUCAUCUAUGCUGCUGAUUACAGACUUGUAAGAAACCAAGGAAACUAUGGCAAUGUUAGUGUGUCUUGGGUAGUUGACCCAGCCUGUACCAAUGACAUCUAUCCAGAACAAGGGACUAUUUUCUUUGAUAAUCUGGAGUUCUCAAAAAAUAUCACCAUUUAUUCACUACCAGAUGAGAUACCUGAAGAGAUGGAAGUUUUCAUCAUCAGUUUGUUCAAUGCUACUGGUGGAGCCAGGCUGGGCAAUAUAACAAGUGCAAUUUUGCAGAUUUCAAGGAAUGAUGAUCCCAUUUAUUUUGCAGAGCCUCUGACAGUGACUAGAGAAGAAGGGAGUGUUGCAAACUUCACAGUCCUGAGGAAUGGAUCUGCUGAUGUUGCUGUAGCUGUUUACUAUAUUACUGUCGAUGGGGAUGCAACAGCUGAAGAUGGGGAUUUUGUUCCCAGUGGAAGGAAUAGUGUCAUUGUGUUUGAUGUUGGAGAAAGAGAGCAGAACUUAUCUGUGUAUAUUAAUGAUGAUGAUAUUCCUGAAACUGAUGAAACAUUUUAUAUCUUCCUUUUGAAUUCUACAGGGGAUACUGUUAUCUAUAAGGCUGGAGUGGCCACAGUCAUUAUUGAAGCAAAUGAUGAUCCCAAUGGAAUUUUCUCCUUGGAACCUUUAGAGAAGGCAGUGGAGGAAGGCAAAAGUAACACUUUCUUGGUUUUGAGACAUAGAGGGCACUUUGGAAAUGUCUCUUUGACCUGGCAGCUGUUUGAUAAUGGCUCUACUCUGAGGCCAGGAGAAGAGUUCCAUGAAACUUACGGGACUGUGCACUUCAUGGGUGGUGAAGGAUCAAAGCCAAUAACACUCCAUGCUAUUUCAGAUAGAAUUCCUGAAUUCAAUGAAUUUUACAUUCUAAAGUUGGUGAAUGCUUCAGGAGGAUUUCCUGGUCCUGGUGGUCAGUUGUCUGAAACAAACUUAGCUGUAACUGUGAUGAUUCCAUUCAAUGACGACCCUUUUGGAGUCUUUGUCAUAGAUCCAGAGAGCCAGGACAGAGAGAUAGUGGAAGAUGUUCUUUCCGAAGAUGAUCUUUCCUAUAUUACAGACUUCACUAUCUGGAGGCAACAAGGCACCUUUGGUGUUGUACGUUUAGGAUGGGAAAUACUGUCUGGCACAUUCGAAGCUGGACUUCCAUCGAUGGUAGACUUUUUGCUGCUAGGGUCAUUCCCAAAUUCUGUGCAAUCUCAGCCACACAUGAGACGCCAUCACAGUGGAACAGAUGCUUUGUAUUUCAGUGGAAAGGGGGAUGCAUUUGGGAUUAUUGAUCUAGAACACGUGUGCAAUGGAAAUACUGCACUCACCAAUUUCACAUUUUCAGCAUGGUUGAUUCCUAGCAUCAGGACUGAUGGUUACAUAGUGGAAAAGGAUGAUGAUAAUGGGACCUUGUAUUACGGUGUGAAAAUCCAAACAAAUGAUUCUCAUGUUGCUGUAAUGCUCCAUUAUACAGCGUUGGGAUCCAAUUUGACAUAUAUGGCUAAAGCCACAGUUCAGAAGUAUCUGGAUGAAAAUACUUGGCUUCACCUUCUCAUUACUUUGGAUGAAGGUAUAAUUGAAUUUUACAUGGAUGGAAUUCCAAUUCAGGGAGGAAUUAAGAGCCUUAAAGGGGAAGCAAUUGCUGAUGGUCCAGGAAUAGUGAGAGUCGGAGCAGGAGUCAAUGGCAGAAGUAGGUACACGGGAUUAAUGCAGGACGUGAGGCUGUAUGAACGUAAACUGACACGAGGAGAGAUCUAUGAACUCCACGCAACUCCUGCAAAGAGUGAUGUCCACCCUGUCUCUGGCUAUCUGGAGUAUCGUGAAGGAGAGACCAAUAAGUCCUUCAUUGUCUCUGCGAAGGAUGACAAUGAGGAGGAAGGAGAGGAAUUGUUCAUCUUAAAGCUCGUUUCUGUGCGUGGCGGAGCUCGGAUUUCACAAGAAAACACCACAGCACGGUUAAGAAUACAGAAAAGUGAUAAUGCUAAUGGUUUGUUUGGCUUCACUGGAGCCUGCAUUCCUGAGACAGCUGAUGAGGGUUCUACAAUAUCCUGUGUCUUGGAGCGUACCAGGGGAGCCCUAGACUACGUGUACAUAAAUUACAUUAUCUCACAGGUUGAUUCCACUGGGAUUAAUUACUCUGUUACCGAUUUUUCUAACAGCAGUGGCACUAUCACGUUCCUUCCUUGGCAAAGAUCAGAGGUCUUAAAUUUGCAUGUUAUUGAUGAUGACAUUCCGGAGCUAAAUGAGUAUUUCCGUGUGACAUUAGUCUCUGCAGUGUCUGGAGAUGGAAAACUAGGUUCAACUCCUACCAGUGGAGCAAGUAUAGAUCCAGAAAAGGAAACUACUGAUAUCAGCAUCAAAGCCAGUGACCACCCAUAUGGUCUGCUGCAGUUCUCAGUGGGGCCACCUCCUAAGCCAGGUGAUGGAAUGAUUCUGCCAGCCUCUACUGUGCCCCAUAUUAUCAUUAAAGAAGAAGUUGGACACAUUAGGUUGCUGGUAGUUCGUGCACAAGGCCUUCUUGGAACAGUUCUGGUGGAGUACAGAACAGUGCCACUUACAGCUUUCAGCCCUAAGGAUUAUCAGGCUGUUGUGGGCACACUGGAAUUUCAGCCAGGAGAAAGAUACAAGUACAUUACUGUUAAUAUCACUGAUAAUUCUGUUCCUGAAUUAGAAAAAAUGUUUAAAGUGGAGCUGUUGAACCCUGAAGGAGGAGUUGCUGAGCUCUUUAGAAAUGAUGGCAGUGGUAGUGGUGAUGGGAACAUGGAUUUCUUCUUUUCAACUGUCCAUCAGCAUGCUAGCUUGGGAAUUGCAUCCCACAUCCUUGUGACUAUUGAGGCUUCCGAUGACGCUCAUGGUGUGUUUGAAUUCAGUACUGAGUCACUCUUGGUGAAUGGAACUGAACCUGAAGAAGGCGACAGCAGUGUUGUGCUGCAGGUUGUGAGAAUGCAAGGGGCCUUGUCUCAGGUGUCUCUGCACUGGAUUGUAGCGUGUGACCUUAGCAAAGACCUGAUCUCUACUGAUGGAAAUGUAACAUUUGAAGUUGGCCAAGUAAGAGCAAAUAUUACAGUGGAGGUUUCUCCUGAUGAUGUUCCUGAACUGGAUAAGAUGUUUUCAAUUUUGAUCAUCAAUGUUUCCAGCGGUCGUCUUGGAAAUCACACUAAUGCAACCUUAACUAUCUUAGCUAAUGAUGAUCCAUAUGGAGUCUUCAUCUUUUCUGAGCAAAACAGACCAAUAAAAGUUGAGGAAGAAACAAAAAACCUCUCCCUGACAAUAAAGAGGCAUGGUGGCCUCCUGGGUACAGUAAUGGUAACCUACAGAACUAUUGGCGAUGAUGAAAGGUCACCCUUUAUUCCACCAGAUGUUGUUAGAGCAACAGAGAGGAAGGAUUAUAUACCUGUCACAGGUUAUGUGAUCUUCACAGCCAAUGAAACUGAGGCCACAAUAUCUUUGCCUAUUUUGGAUGAUGAUGAUCCUGAGAGGUCAGAAUCUGUUUUUGUGGAGCUGAGUGGUGUUGUUUUGAUCGAGAAAGCACAGGAUCGGCCAAUUGCAAAUUCUCCUCGACUCGGAUUAGUAGGCGAGACCAUAGCUCAUGUAGUUAUCAAUGCCAACGAUGAUGCUUUUGGAACACUUCAGCUUUCAGCUUCAACUGUGCGAGUUGCUGAAAAUUAUGUUGGACCAAUCAUUAACGUGACCAGAACUGGGGGAUUAUUUGCAGAUGUUUCUGUGAAAUUUAAAGCUGUGCCAAUAACUGCAACAGCUGGUGAAGACUACAGUGUAGCCUCAUCAGAUGUUGUCUUACUGGAAGGAGAAACAAGUAAAGCAGUGCCAAUUUAUAUAAUUAAUGAUAUCAGUCCUGAAGUUGAGGAAUCUUUUUAUGUUCAGCUGCUGAAUCAAACAACAGGAGGAGCGUUGCUUGGAUCUUUGACUAGGGCAAUCAUAACUAUUGAGGCUUCUGAUGACCCAUUUGGAUCCUUUGUCUUCCAGAUAACCAAGUUCACUGUGGAGGAGCCUGAAGUUGGAUCAGUGCCCAUAAACCUGCCAAUAAUUCGUAAUGCUGGGACACUUGGUAAUGUCACUGUAGAGUGGGUUGCUACCAUUGAUGGACAUCCUGCUGAUGCUGACUUGCAGGUCGCCUCGGGUAAUAUUACUUUUGCCCCUGGGGAAGCAAUUCAGAUGUUGGUGCUGGAAAUCCUAGCUGAUGACAUUCCAGAAAUAGAAGAAAUUGUCAAUGUAGAAUUAACUCAGGCCUCCAAUGGUGGUGCUAUUGGGCUAGAUGGUGUGGCAAACAUUAUAAUACCUGCCAAUGAUAAUCCUUAUGGCACAGUUUUCUUUCAUCAGUCCUUGUAUCGAAUUCAGGAGCCACUAGAAAGAAAUUUGCUUGCAAAUAUAACAGUCAGGAGAAGUGGGGGAAGAUUUGGUCAGCUGCAGCUAUUUUACAGCACUUCUGAGACUGACAUCGUUGCUCUUGCUAUUGAAGAAGGUCAGGAUAUCCUGGCCUGGUAUGAGUCUCCUGUGCAAGGAAUUCCUGACCAACCAUCCAAGACCAGACUGAAUGUGUCAGCAGCAAGUGACCCACUGUAUGCCUGUGCAACUCAGUGCCUAAAAGAACAAGCUUGUUCAGCCUUUACAUUUUCCAGUGCCUCUGAGAUUCCUCUCUGCCUUUGGCUGACAUCACAGGUCAGCCCAUUAACUAACACUUCAGGAUUCUGGACCUACAAGAAGAACAUCACCAGUGCAUCUGCCCUCUUUAGCACACAAGCCAUUGCUGGUAGCGACUACGAAUCUGUUACAGGACAGUGGGCCAUAAUGAAAGAAGGGGAAGAGUUUGGGAAUCUCACAGUUACCAUACUCCCUGAUGAUCUGCCAGAGCUGGAUGAGAAAUUCACUAUAUGCCUUUUGAAAGUUGAACUAAUGAACAUCUCAGCCAGCUUAAAAAAUCAACCAACUAUAGGACAGCCAAAUACUUCUACAGUUAUCAUAAUGAUGAAUGGGGAUGCCUUUGGAGUAUUUAAGAUCUACAGCAUAAGUCCCAAUGCAACACAGAAAGGUCUGUACAUUGAAGUAGAAGAACGUCCACAGACCAAUGUGCAGCUAAUGAUACACAGGACAGAAGGCAGCCUGGGACAGGUGACAGUGGAAUGGCGCGUGGUUGGUGGAACUGCUACCCCAAAUUUGGAUUUUGUAGGUGUCGGCGAGGUUCUGGUGUUUGCAGAAGGGGAAACAAAGAAGAUGGUCACACUCACCAUUUUAGAUGAUCCUGAGCCAGAAGAUAAUGAAAGUAUCAUUGUCAGCCUGGUCCAUACCGAAGGAGGGAGUCGGAUUCUGCCUAGUUUCGACACUGUCACAGUAAUUAUUCUGGCAAGUGACAACGUGGCAGGAAUUAUUGGCUUCCAGACAGCUUCAAGAUCUGUUAUUGGUCGUGAAGGAGAACAACUGCAAUUCCAUAUUGUAAGAACUGCCCCAGGACUGGGAAAUGUUACUGUGGAGUGGAAGAUAGUUGGGCAUAAUGUUAAACAAAAUUUUGAAAGCUAUUUUGGAACACUUUUUUUUCCUGAGGAGAUACUGAAUACAACAUUGUAUGUUCACUUACUGGAUGACCGUAUUCCAGAAGAAAAAGAAGAAUAUCAGAUCAUCCUGUACAAUGUCAAAACAGAAGGAGUUUCUCCUUCAGGUGCUGCUGUUUUGGAUAGUCAAGGAUACGAAGCUGUUCUGACAGUAGAAGCUAGUGAUGAACCACAUGGUGUCUUGAAUUUUGCUUCUCCAUCCAGAGUAGUUGUAAUUCCAGAAGAAAACAAAACGGUUCAGCUUUUUAUUAACAGAGAAUUUGGAUCUCUAGGUGCUAUCAACAUUACCUAUGCCACAGUUCCAGGUUUGCUUACCUUAAGCAAUCAGACAGAAGGGAGCUUGGCUGAACCCGGAGCUGAUUAUGUAGAUGUUUCUGGCUCAUUGACUUUGGAAGAAGGAGAAACAUCGGCUGCUAUAAAUAUUACUAUCCUAGAGGACGAUGUACCAGAGGUGCAAGAAUUCUUCUUAGUUAAUUUAACUUCAGUGGAACUCAUCAUGAACCACACAACUUCAUCCCCACCUAGGCUGGUGACAGAAUUAAUCCGUUACAGAUUGAGAGAUGUGGAAGGUUUAGCUUCUCAAAUCAUUAUUGAUGCUAAUGAUGGAGUAAGUGGAGUAAUCGAAUGGGAAAGUACCACUUUUGAAGUUGAUGAAUCUCAUGGGAACCUGACAGUAAUGGCACUGCGAAACAGAGGAACAUAUGGCAACGUGUCUGUAUUUUUUUAUGCCCAAAACUUGGAGGCACAGCUAGGUUUGGAUUUUGAUGUGACCUCAAGGACCCUUUUUUUUGCUGAUGGAGAAAGGAAUAAGUCUAUUGUGGUUACAAUUUUUGAUGAUGAUAUUCCUGAAGGUGAUGAGAAGUUCCAGUUAAUUUUAACAAAUCCCUCUUUGGGACUGGAAUUAGGGGAGAACACAGCAGCCACAAUUACUAUACUUGCCAAUGAUGAUGGCCAUGGAAUUUUGUCAUUCAAUAACAGCGAUCACUUCUUCUUAAGAGAGCAAUCAGCUCUCCAUAUGAUGGAGAGUGUUGCAGUAUUAAACAUUAUUAGAGAACCUCCUCAGGGGAUAUUUGGCACUGUGACUGUGCAGUAUCUUGUAAGUGAAAUUAAUUCUUCAGAGGCAUCAGUGGACUUGACCCCUUCUCAAGGAUAUAUUGUGCUGGAAGAGGGAGUCAGAUUCAAGACACUGCACAUUUCUGCAAUACUGGAUGAAGAACCAGAGAUGGAUGAGCACUUUGUUGUCACCCUGUUCAAUCCAACUGGAGGAGCCAGACUAGGCACCAAAGUGCAAACUAUGAUUACAGUAUUACAGAACCAGGCUCCACUGGGGCUUUUCAGCAUUUAUCCAGUUACAAAUAGGACAAAUUUCCUCAUAGUUGAAGAAGCCAACACUACAGUUUACUUGAAGGUUUCACGGAGUAACGGGCUCAAUGUGUCUGUCAGCGUGGAGUGGGAGACAGUGUCGGAUACUGCUUUUGGCAUCAGGGGUAGUAUCAGUGUCCUGUCUACCUUGCAAAGUUUUGUAGAAGAGUCAGCAUCUGGUUGGUGUUUCUUCACUUUAGGAGAAAUCCUAUAUGGUAUUCUGAUGCGUACAUUUCCAGCUACAUUUUCCACUCUCUACCAGUGGAAAGGAGUUUUUGUUCCUGUUGAGAAUUUCAGUAUGUGGAAUCCUAAGAGCUGUGUGUUUUUCCAAAUCCAUGCCUCUCCCUACCUUGUGAUUACUCAUGGAGGAGACAGACAGGGAGCUUCCAACAACAGCGUGUAUACAUUCACGCCUGGACACAGGCUGUUGAAGACACAGACUCUUUCUAUUCUGGGUACCAGACAUGUGGAACAUUUUUCUGUGGAUGAGGAGGACUAUUUGAUUUUUUUGAGUCACACGAACAGUUCCAGUUCCAUCCAGGUUUUCCAUUGGAAUAAUGAUAUAUUUGUACUUCACCAUCAACUUCCACUUUACAAAGCCCUGAAUAUAGCCUUAUUUCCUCGAGGAGGCAUCAUGUACCUGUUAGUUUCUUUAUCAGAUACCAGCCAGAACAUGCUCCUGUACCAGUGGUUAAAUAAUGAGUUUAGGAAUCUUCAUCAGUUACCAGCAAAAGAAAUAAAACAUAUGGAAGCCUGGACUUCUGGAUCUGAUAUCUACCUAAUUACUGCAAAAGAAUCUGGAAACUCUUCUGAAAUUUUCAUCUGGGAGACAGGGCAGUCCACCUUCAGACACUUUCAGUCUAUUCCAGUCUGUGCUGUAAGAAAUAUACAUGUUUUCAUGCCUCCUUCAGGUUUAGUUCACAUCCUCCUGUCUGGUGAGGACACACUGAUGUUGUACUCUUGGAACUCAGAAGAGAACCAGUUCUCUGCAAUGCUGGAAGCCCCACGUGCAGAUCAUAUCACUUCAGCUACUGCAAAGUCUCUGAACUCCAGCAAAAGUCUGAUUGCUCUGUCCAUGGAGUCCAUCUCCCAGGUUUAUGAGCUGACCACCAUCUCCAACCAGUCAGAUUUUAUACCUAGUUCAGGUGAAUUGAUAUUUGAGCCUGGGGACAUGGAAGCUGUGAUAGCAGUCAAUAUCCUGGAUGACACCAUCCCAGAGGAGGAAGAGUGCUUCAAAGUGCUGUUGAAAAACCCUAAGGGAGGUGCAGAGAUUGGUGUUCAUGGCUUUGUUAACAUAAUUAUUCCUUCCAAUGACAAUGCCUUUGGAGUCAUUGCAUUUGCUCAGAGCUCUUUAUUUAAGCAAGUUGAAGAAAUGGAACAGGACAGCUUAAUCACCUUGAAUAUUGAACGUUUAAUAGGAACAUAUGGACGAGUUACAGUAGAGUGGAUUGCUAAUGGGAGCACAAGUGAUGUAUUUCCAGCUUCGGGAAUGAUUACGUUUUCAGAAGGCCAGGCCCUGUCCACAAUCACCCUGACAAUUCUUGCAGACAGUGUUGCAGAGCUUUCAGAGACUGUGGAAAUCACACUCGUCCGUGUUACCACUGUUGGUGUUCAGGAUACCGCCAAAGGAGCUGUCAUUGAUCCCAAAAGGGCAAGAGCUGUGCUUACCAUUUUACCCAGUGACUCUCCACACGGUGUCAUUGGGUGGCAUGUGGACUCUCUCUUUGUCAAAGUCACAGAGCCUGAAGGACAAGAGAAUUCCACUACUCUUACUUUACAAAUCAUUCGAGAGCAAGGCUUUGUUGGAGAGAUUGAGAUUCAGCUGAGUACAGCACCUAACCUUGAGCUGCCCCUCUCCAACCAAGCAACAGAGAAUGAGGACUACCUACUGGAAACGAAGACAAUCAUUAUGGCAGAGAACGCAACAGUAGCUUCUGUCAUAGUCACUAUUCUGCCUGACAGUGUUCCAGAACUACAGGAAGGAUUUAUAGUCAAUAUUACUGGUGUGCGACUGGUUGAUUCUCACACUGGAGGUCAGCCAAGUGUGAAGAGGCUUGGGCUAGAAAUAGCUGAAAUAACAAUUGAAGAAAACGAUGAUGCCAGAGGAGUAUUUAGGUUCAACGUUACCAAGGAUAUAACUGGAGCUGUUACUGGUUAUGAGGUACCACCACCACAGAAUGUACUGAAACUUCCAGUUGUUCGACAGGCUGGCAGGUUUGGGGCAGCAACUCUGUACUGGGAAGCUAUUGAGGCCACUGCUAGCUUUGAAGACUUCACGCCAUCACUUGGAAACCUUACAUUUGCAGAUGGACAGGUUAGAGGAGAAAUAGAAAUUACAAUAAUAGAUGACAGUGAAGUUGAAUUCCUUGAGAUAUUCAGGAUUGCCCUGGUGAGGGUAACAGGUGGUGCAAGACUUGGAGAUGACAUCCUGGUCACUGUCGCUAUUCCACCAAAUGAUUCCCCUGUUGGAGUAUUUGGGUUUGAAGAAAAGAGUGUAACAGUGAAGGAACCUCAGACACCUGAUGACUCUGCUGCAGUUGUGUUGCUCACCGUCAGUCGAAGUCAGGGAGGACGAGGAGCAGUUAAAGUGCUGUGGAUUGUGGAGGAAGCAGCCAGAUAUGAUCUGACCCCUCUGAAUGGUACCCUUCACUUCAAUGAGACUGAAUCCCAGAAGCUGAUUGUUUUACAUGUGAUACAAGACGAUCUACUGGAGGGGAAUGAGACAUUUACCAUUCAGCUAGUUUCUACUGGUGAUGCAGAGAUAUCCCCUGUACAUGGUGUUGCAACCAUCACUAUUGUGGGUGACGAAGGAGCAUCUGGGGUGGUUGGAAUAGCUCCUUCAUCCAGGCAUGUUCUGAUUGGAGAACCUUCAGGGAAUUACAAUGGAACUGCUCUGAUUAGCCUGAUACGUGGCCCAGGGAUCUUUGGUGAGAUCAAGGUACACUGGAAUAUAACACCUCCUCAUAACACAGAAUUUAUUGAGACAUCAGGGAUGUUGACAAUGAGAGACAGACAAUCUGCAGCAGUUGUUAUGAUACAGGCUGUAGAAGACAACCUUCCUGAGGAGAAGCAUUACUAUCAGUUUCAAAUAACUGGAGUCACCGAUGGAGGACUGAUAAAUGAAUCCAGCAGCACAGCAAACAUUACCAUGGCUGCCAGUGAUUUUCCAUAUGGAGAGUUUGCAUUUUCAAGGGAACUGUUGCAAACAACAGAGGAGGAAAAAUGGGUUAACAUCAGUGUUGUGCGUUCCAGGGGAUCCUAUGGCCAAGUGCAUCUUUGCUUUCAGAUAAUAAAUGGGACUGCAAAGGAGGGAGUUGAUUUCACUCCCACAGUCAGGCAAUUGUUGUUUGAACCGCAUGAGGAGAGUAAAAUGAUUUUGGUUGAAAUUCAUGAUGAUGACUUUCCUGAAGGUCCUGAAGAUUUUUCAGUGAUGAUUAACAAAGUAGAACUCCAAGGAAGUGGAUAUGAUUUUACCAUAAAAGAAAGUGGUCUACAGGUAGAUCAACCUCCAAUAAUAGGAAAUAUCUCCACAGUCCGAGUCGUGAUAGCAAAAAGUGACAAUGUAGAAGGCAUCAUAGAAUUUGAUCCGCAAUAUAUCUUUCUACAGGUGGAAGAGGAUGCUGGAUUAAUCAUGGUUCCUGUCACGAGGAAGCGUGGGACUUAUGGCUACGUAACAGCUGAUUUUCUUUCACGAAGCAUUUCUGCACUUGAUGGUGCUGACUACAUCAUCCAUAAUAAUUCUGUCAUUUUUCAUCAUGGCCAGAACCAGACUUUUAUUUACAUUUCUAUCAUAGACGAUGAAGAAAGUGAAUUUGAAGAGCAGUUUGAAAUCCAGCUGACAGGAGCCACUGGUGGAGCAGUACUUGGGCUGCACCUUGUGAGCCAGGUCACUAUUGCUAGAAGUGAUUCCCCACAGGGCAUCGUCCGAUUCCUCAACCACAGCCGAAUUGUUCUUCCCAACCCCGACACACCCACAACAGUGUCCCUGGUGCUGGAAAGGACAGGAAGAUUGUUAGGGGAGACACAGUUUGUUUACGUGGAAGAAGAUGCAAGCAAUGGUACCCUCAACACAGUCACACUUCAUAUCAAAAGGACCAAGGGGUUUGCUGGUAAUUGUGAAGUAACUGUUAAAACCUUUGGGGGAGUGAGUGCACAGAGUGGAGUAGAUUCAUAUCCUUUUGGAAGCACUGAUGGAAAAUCAAACUUCACGUGGGCAAUUGAAGGAGAGUAUUUUGAGGAACAGUCUGUCUCUCUGACUUUGUUGGAUGGAGAAGAGGAAAGCAAGGUGUCCAUAAAAAUUAUUGAUGAUGAUGAGCCUGAGGGACAGGAAUUGUUUUAUGUUUUCCUCUCAAACCCUGAAUGUGGAGCUCAGAUUGUGGAAGGAAAGGAUGAGUAUGGAUAUGCUGCUUUUGCAACAGUGAUUAUUGCAGGAAGUGAUCUCCACAAUGGGAUUUUGGGAUUCGCUCCAGAAGUACAAAGUGGUCUUGUACUUGAUGAGGACUCAGAAAACAGAGAGGUGCUGCUGAUUGUCACAAGGCAACCUAACAGGGCUUUUGAAGACGUGAAGAUCUUUUGGCGUGUGACCUUUAAUAAAACAGCUGUUGUUCUUCUGAAGGAUGGCAUGAACUUGGGGAAUGAACUUGUAUCUGCAGUGGGUGUCACUACCUGCCUGGCAGGUGAAACGAAAUGCAACAUCUCCAUUGAAAUAAAACCUGAUAAUGUACCUGAAUUAGAAACAUACUUUUUUGUGGAGCUCAAUGUAAGCACAGGAGCUGCAUUGAACAGCAGUGCCAGGUUUGCUUUAAUAACAGUUCUUGAAAGUGAUGCUCCUCAUGGUUUAGUGUAUUUUGCUGUGGGAUCUCGUUUUGCUGUGGCUCAUAAGAAGACAUCCUUAGUCAGUCUGCAAGUACUUAGAGAUUCUAGUACAUCAGUCACCACCGUGGUUAGCUACAGCAUGCAGGAGCUACAAAAACCUGAACCAAUUGGCCGGACUUUCAUAUCUCCAGCUGUGGCAGGACAAGAUUUUGCCAGAUCUGAAGGUUUACUGACAUUUGAACCUGGACAGAUAAAUAAGUUUCUGGAUGUGACCCUGAUGCCAAAUACAGGAUCUUUAAACCCAUUUCCUAAACGUUUCCAGGUUGUGCUUUCCAAUCCCACAGGCGGUGCCAGAGUAGAUGAUGUGUAUGGCCUCUCUAACAUCACCAUCGUCUCAGAGUUGGACUCCUUGCCAGUUUGGGGGCUGAUUGAUCAGCUGCAUCAGCCUCUUGAUGACACCAUUUUACACAGAGUCCUCCAGAAUCUGAAUGUCAAAGUGGCUGCAGAAACUACAGAAGAGCAGCUUACUGCUGUGCUGCAUAUAAUAAAUAAGGUUACAGAUGUAGGUGAAGAACAGCUACUCACUGACAGAAGCAGAAGUCUUUUCUAUGAGAUACUCUGUGCCUUGGCUAGCCCAAAACGUGAAGACACACGAGGAUAUAGCCUGCUUGCUGGGGUGACUGAGAAGUUUGCUUUUUCUCUGUUGACUGGGAUCAUGUGUGGAUCACCAGGAGAAAGAGGUAAAAAUAUCCUUGACAGCUGCCCGUACAUUGCAAUAAUGGCUCACAACUGGUUUCCUCAGCAAAUCAAUGGACACAGAUUUGAUGGCAAAGAUGGGGAUUUCAUUCAAGUACCUGAGCGUUUACUAAAAGUCUCUGUUGUAUUAUCUCCUUCUCAAGAAGAGAACUGUGAAUCUGUGCAGUUCACGGAAUACAGCAGUCAGCAGUGGUUCCUUACUGGAGAUAAAGAACUUGCCCUGAAGAACAAGGUUUUUUCCAUGAGUUUGAAGGGUCGUAGUUCACUGCCUUUGAAAGAUAACAGGGAAGUAAUUUAUCGGAUUUAUGCUACAGGAAGUCGGGUUGUUCCACAGAAGUCUCUGUGCCUCCUCUGGAAUCAAGCUGCUGAGAGCUGGCUAUCUGAUGGUGGAUUUUGCAAAGUGGUGGAUGACUCGUCAGACUACGUGGAAUGCUCUUGUUCUCAUAUGUCCAUUUAUGCAGUCUAUGCCCAGACAGAUAAUUUGUCUUCAUACAAUGAGGCUUUCUUCUCUUCUGGAUUCAUUUGCAUUUCAGGUUUCACUUUGGCUAUUAUCUCCCAUCUUUUCUGCACCAGAUGUGCAAUGUUUGCAGCUAAACUUCUCAUUCACAUGAUGGUUGCUUGUCUGGGAACUCAGAUUUCAUUUCUGGCCUCUGCUUACAUAAGCCAACAUCUCUCAGAGGAAAGCUGCUCAGCCCUUGCAUCUGUUACCCAUUACCUUUACCUCUGCCAGUUCAGCUGGAUGCUUAUUCAGGCAGUUAAUUUCUGGUACGUCCUGGUGAUGAAUGAUGAACACACAGAGCGGCGCUAUCUGCUUUACUUCCUUUUGAGUUGGGGGCUUCCAGCUUUUGUGGUGAUCCUGCUUCUCAUUAUCCUGAGAGGAAUCUAUCAUCACAGCACAGCACAGAUUUAUGGCCUUGUCCACGGUGAUCUGUGCUUCAUCCCAAAUGCCUAUGCUGCUCUUUUCACUGCAGCUCUGGUGCCAUUAAUGUGCUUGGUGGUAGUUUUUGUGGUGUUCAUCCAUGCCUACCAGGUGACCCCACAGUGGAAAGCCUAUGAUGAUAUUUUCAGAGGAAGAACAAAUGCUGCAGAGAUCCCCUUGGUCUUGUACCUCUUUGCCCUGAUUUCUGUGACCUGGCUCUGGGGAGGACUGCACAUGGCUUACCGGCACCUCUGGAUGUUGGUCAUCUUCAUCAUCUUCAACAGCCUGCAGGGUCUUUAUGUCUUUGUGGUAUAUUUCAUCCUGCACAACCAGCUUUGCUGUCCUGUGAAAGCAAGUUAUACUGUAGACAUGAAUGGGCAUACAACUCCAGGAUCAGCUUUUUUCACACAUGGCAGUGGUCUGCCAGCUGCAGGUGGAGAGAUCAGCAAGUCCACUCAGAACCUCAUCAGUGCUAUGGAAGAGGUGCCUGCAGACUGGGAGAGGGCAUCCUUGCAGCCUGCUAGUCAAGCUAGUGCUGCCUUUAAGCAGAGUCCACAAAAUGGCAAUGUUUUCCACCCUUCUGGAGGAUUUAGCACCAGCUCAUUGGUUGCUGAUGAGGAAUCACAGGAAUUUGAUGACCUAAUAUUUGCUUUAAAGACUGGUGCAGGCCUCAGCGUCAGCGAUAAUGAAUCUUGUCAUGGCAGCCAGGAUGGUGGCAGCAUGGCGAACUCCCAGAUCGUAGAGCUUAGGAGAAUACCCAUAGCAGACACUCACCUCUAACUCCCAUAGGUUGCUUGGGUUGGGUUUUUUUCGUUUGUUUGUUUGUUUUGGUUUUGUUUUAUUUCUGUUUUGAUUUGUUGUUGUUGUUGUCGCAUUCUGUUGGUUGUUUUUUUUAAUUCAAGCCUCAGUAUUUUUAUAUUUGUACUUCCUUUUGCACUAAAACACUAUAUGAAGCUAUGUAGUAGAAUGCUGUGAGCUUUACUGGAUGUUUAACACAGAAUGUUUGCUUGAGGUUUUGCAUAUCAGAGAAUGAGCUGUAAUUUUUUUACGGUGGCUGAGCAUCAGUAGAUACCAAUGGCCACUGGCCUAGAUUUGUAUCUAGUAGCUAGAUGACAUAUUUCACAAAGUGUAGCUUUUUUAAUUGACCUUGAUGUGUAACACUGAUUAAUAAAAAUUAUAACAGUCUGUUUGAUACAAA